CUGUUUCCAAAAUAGUUAUUACGCUCAGUGAAGUGUUGUUCAAACUUCCUGCGUGUCACACACGUGAGAGCGUGAAGUGAGCCGUGUCACUCUGGUAACGCGCACCUGCUACACCAACACGCAGCGUGUCACUGUGACAGCUGUCACAGCUAAAUCUAAAACUAACAGCGCACAACUUUUGUUACUUUGUCCAAAUCGGUAAAUCAACGAGUUCAUCUAAUCUUAGCGCAAAACCCGGUGAUCAUGUCAACUGCAGAGGUAGAGAAAACAGCUGACGAGAGUGCUGAUGACGAGACGGACUGGCUUUAUGGAGAUGACAAUUUUGCUGAAGAAGAAACUACAGAAAAAGAAGUCUUCAGUGCUCUGAUUGGUGAUUUGAAUGGUUUUAAUGGACUCAAUUGCCAGGAGAGUGAAUCAGAAAGUGACGAUGAGGUGUGUGUUACCAUCGGCGACAUUAAAACAGGUGGAUCCCAGAGCUUAUCUUUAGGGUCCGGUUCCAUAAAUCUGAACAUUAAAACCUCUGUAUCAGGCAGUAAGUCCAGAGCACUGGAAGUGGACGCUGAGGGGAAUGUCCUGGAGGCUGCUGGGGAGACUUUUGAAGAGAAGGCGUGGAGGAAGCCAGGUGCAGAUUUGUCUGACUACUUUAAUUACGGUUUUAAUGAGGACACCUGGAAGGUGUACUGUGACAAACAGAGACGACUGCGCAUGAACCUGGAGAUCUUAAGCCUGGGCUCUUCCAACAAAAUAAUGGUCCAUCCGAAUUCUAGUGAUCUGUCAGAAUUAUCAUCCAUCUUAUCCAGGAAGUCAAGCGGUUCUAUCAAUGUUAUCGGAGGACAGACGGGGACCAUCAGCCGAGUGGAAGGCCGAAGACGUCACAGCGCAGAUGAAAAUAACAUCCAGGUGGUGUCUGAGCAGUCUUCUGAUACCAAGUUACCUUCCCCAAAGCUGCUGCCCUUCUUUCCUCCGAAUAUCCCACCUCCACCUUUCCCCCCUCCCUCCAUCAGCAUUGCGCCCCCCCUUAUACCCCCACCACCCCCCGGUUUCAGUUUUCCUCCUGGAGCUCCUCCACCUUUGAUACCAAGUGGACGUUUGGUUGGAGGCUAUGAUGGACGCUCAGCUCCUCCGUUUCCCUUCCCUCCAGGUGUAUACCCACCUCCAGUAGGCAUGGGUUCUUGGCCCGGUGCAAUUGACAGCAGCAAGCCGUGGGAGUAUUACGGCCAUCAUCAUAAAGAAAGGGAGAGAGAGAAAACACGAGAGAAUGGGCAAGAGAGGGAGAGAGAGCGAAACAGAGAAGCAGAUCGAGAUAAAGGUCUCUCUCUACAAGACCGCAGAAGUGAAGAGGAACGCCCAACUCGACACAGAGAUCACAGUCAUUACGGCAGAGAGAGGAAUCGAGAAAGCUCAGGAAGAGACGGAGAAAGUGACAGACGUCGAGAGAGAAGACACAGAGACAGGAGUGAGCGACACAGAUUCUCACACAGUGGCAGCAGUAGGAGGCGUCAUGAUAGCGAUGACGCAGAUAGCCACAGGAGACACAGGCACAAGCGCUCCAGACAUAACCAUGAAAGCAGGGAGCCCAGCGAGGAGCACAGUAUGGAUCAGGAGAACCAAUCAGAAGCGACAGAAUAAUUCCUUCAGCAGUUGGUGAACCUGUUUGAUGACCAAUAGGGGGUCUUUAGUGAAAGACCAUCAGUCCAUUCACCAGUCAGAACGACCGACCGUGGAGUGACCAACUGGUAAUCGAUUUUGACCAAUCAGAUGCCAAACACUCAAUAAGCCAAUUUAUGUUACAUUUUUAGCGAUUUAAUUUCCUGAAUACAUCUUGAUGAAAAGUACAAAGUGGCCCAAGGGGCCCGCUAUUUUUAAUUUUUGAUUUUAUUUAUUCAUUUAAAAUGACCGGAUAAUACGAAAUGGUGUUUUUGUUGUGCCAAAUGUACAUUUUGUUGAAACCAAAUAUUAUAAACAUGAUAAGGUGAAUGUGAAUUUGUGUGAACUGUGAUUCAUUGUGGAGAACGCU